AUGGUGUGUGCAUAUUGGGAAUCUGAGACAGACAGUCUGGCCUCGUCAACCUCCACAUUCCAAAGAGGAGACCGAGAGUCAGGGAGGGGCUGUCACCUGCCCAAGGUCACCACGAAGCAGGUCCCGCGGUGCUGCGGGCGAGCGGAGGGGCUUCCACCCCCGACCUCCUCCGCACCCCAUCCUCAGUCACCUCGACUAAUUCUGUCCCUGGGAGCAGAUGCAGGCCGCCCGCCCCCCCAGAGCGCGGGAGUCCCCGGUGCGGGCUCCAGGCCUCUCCAGGCCCCGCUCGCCAGGGAGGGGACCCCAGUUCCCGCCGCUGCCCCACCGCACUCGCCCCGCAGAGCCCCCACCUGCCUGCCAAGCCCAGGGCCGGUGCCAUGGAAGGGAGGGGACCCCGACUGGCAGGCGAGGAUGGGGGCCACAUGGGUAGCGGGGGAGGCGGCCCCCACCUUACGGCCUGGGAGACGAGGGCUGAAGGCCCAGGGGAGGGAAUUGGAGGUCUUGGGGUCCCUGCUUCCCAGCCCGGGAUUGAGGGGGAGCAGCAGAGGAGCGGCGCCCCGCCUUCUGCAGGCUACACCUGCGCUCGGGCCGGGUCAGGAUGAAGGCUGUGCCAGCCCGCGCCCGCGCCCCGCGCCCGGAGACACUCACCCCACGCCCCGCGCCCGGGGACACUCACCCCGCAUCCGGAGACACUCACCCCACGCCCCGCGCCCGCACCCCGCGCCCCGCGCCCGGGGACACUCACCCCGAGCCCCGAGCCCCGCGCCCGGGGACACUCACCCCGCGCCCCGCGCCCGCACCCCGCGCCCUGCGCCCCGCGCCCCGCGCCCGCACCCCGCGCCCGGGGACACUCACCCCGCGCCGCCACCACCUGCGCGCUCCGGACCCGCGCCCCGCCCUCCCCGCGCGCUGCGGAGCGCGCCGCUGGCCCCGCCCACGGGGUGUGGUCUGAAGGAGCUCCGCCCCACGGAGCUUCACCAUCCCUACGCUGGUUGGCUGGGCCGCGCCACUCACCCGCAGGCUAUUUGCAUAGUUUAA